AUGCUUGUGAGGGUUUAUCACUUUCCAUCCUCUCCAAGAGCGAUCAAGCAAGACCAAUCGAUCAUGGGAGUUCCUGGGUUUUUCGCUUGGCUCGUAUCCAAGCAUCCUCGGUGUGUGAGGGACGCGAUUGAUGGUGCCAAGAACAAUAUUCUUCGCUACGACACCUUCGCCACUUUUUACCAAGAGUUCCUCGACUCGCUCCGCAAGCUCGUCGCCAUGGUGGCUCCGACCAAGCUCGUCUUCCUAGCCCUGGAUGGAAGGCCUCCCACCCCCAAGCUCUUCAGCAAGCUCUUCAAGAAGCCGUGUCGCUACAAUCGCGAUGCUUCUCUCUCCUCCUUGUCCUCCUCGGAGGAUGAGCUCGAUUCCACCAAAGGUCAGACAGGUGAUCUCAUCCCACGCAAUCGCAAGGCCAAGAUGGCGAUGGUCCGCCAUGGAACGCCUUUCAUGAACAGGCUGGAGAGUGAACUGCGACGAUUUGUGGCAAGCAUGAUGCUGUCAAGUUCAGAUGAUCAUCGCCGGAGGAGAUCAAUGACUAGCUCGAGGCUCCAGUGGAUCGUUUCCACGUCCGAGGAGGACGGGGAGGGCGAGCUCAAGAUCUUCAACCACAUACGGGCUCUGCCGUUCAACGCCCACGACUUCCACUGCGUGGUUGGACGCGACGCCGACUUGAUCAUGCUGGCUCUCGCUAGCCCACUCUCCAGGAAGAUCAACAUCGUCCGCCAGACGCCGAAGGACGGAGUGAUGAUUUACAAACUCAUCAGCAUCGAGACGCUCGUGCGUGAUUUCGAGGUGCAGAUGGAAGAGCCGUGCUCCGUGCGGCUGCGGUCCACCAUGAGGGAUCUCGUGUUCCUGUGCUUCCUUCUGGGGAACGAUUUCUUGCCUGGCCUGGAGGCGCUCACAAUCCGAAACAAUGGCAUCGACAAGCUCCAGCAAACGUACAUGGAGGUUUCAGUGAGGUAG